UUGAGUAUAUAAGCCACGGUCUUCAUCCCACAGAGCAUUAGUCGCUCGUUGUGUCUUCCUCUUUGCACAUCCUUCGCCCCAAUCAACCAGCCAUGGCUUUCGUUAAGGUUCUCUCCGCCGUCACCCUCCUCGCCACCCUGGGAUGCAUGCAGGCCGCCCCUCAGUACGCCGCCUACCCGGCUGCCCCGUACGCCGCCUACUCCCCCGUGGCCGCCCCAGUGGCCCCCGUAGCCGUGGCUGCCCGCCCCUUGGCCUACGCCGCCCCCGCCGCCAUCCCCAGAUCUGCCGACCCAGAGCCCUACGACCCGAACCCAUCGUACAACUUCGAGUACUCCAUCAACGACGCCGUCACCGGUGACUCCAAGAGCCAGCGCGAGUCCCGCAACGGAGACACCGUCACUGGAUCCUACAGCCUCGUCGAAGCUGACGGCACCCUCAGGACCGUCGACUACACCGCCGACUCCGUCAACGGAUUCAACGCCGUCGUCUCCAAGAGCGGCACCCCAGUCGCACCAGCCCCAGCUGCCGCCGCCCCUGCCGUCGUUGCCGCCCGCACCGUCGCCGCCCCCGCCGUCGCCCCAGUAGCCGUCGCCGCCGCCCGCCCCGUCGCCUACGCCGCCCCCGCCUACGCCGCUCCCGCCUACGCUGCCCCCGCCUACGCCGCCCCAGCCUACGCCGCAGCACCCGCCUUCCGCGCCGCCUACGCUGCCGCCCCCGUCGCCUACGGAGGCUACGCCCACCCCUACGCCGCCGCCCCCGUAGCUCGCUACGCCGCCCCCGCCUACAGCCCCGCUGUCGGCAUCGCCUCUACCUCCUUCUCCUCCCCUCACUCAAACUACGUCUACUAAUUCUCGCCCCUCCCACCUAACUCUGACUUAUAUUAAGUUAACACUCCUCUGAUCCUCUCCGGUGUUAAGCAAGUUUUAUUGCUUAUUGUGAUGUCCGCAGUCUGACUGAAGUUACACCUCCUCACCACCCUACCUCCGUCUCUUUUCUAGAUGUAGAUUUUGUUUUCCGCGAAUCUCUACUGUUUUUGUUACCAUCGUUCUCGAAAGGGAAAAAUACAUGCCCCUUUAAGAAAAGAA